AUGUCAGGCAAGCGUCUGCUCGACGCGAUCCAGUUCCUCAAUGCGUCCAAAACGAUUGCAGCCAAACAUCUGGCCAUCCGGCAACGCCAGCUAGAUGUAUAUACGCGCACAUCCUCCCUGACCAAAGGAAUCAAGGCCCAAACAGAGGGCCUGAUCCUGACCGCUCAAGCUGCUGCCGCAUUAGCACGCCGAUUCGACGAACCGUCGCCACCAUCUGCGCCGAGCCCGGCAGACUUACCCGACAAGUCGACACCGGCCGAUAAGCCACCCGCCAUCACUACAACAUCGCCACCCCCCGACCUUGCCCGCAAACUGCAACACCAGGCCGAAUCGCAGAUCCCGGCUUCCACGACAACAUACAAUAACGAUGAGAAAUUGGGCGGCCUGGAUGUAAGCAAGCAGCAGGAUGUCUUCUAUAAGCCAUCGCUUCGGUCAGAGCCGGAUCCCUCAGGACUACCGAGAGUGAAGAUACCUAAGGCCACGGGCGAUGCUCAAGUUACUAGUAAUGGGUUGAACGCAGAUGUUUUCCACUCGCCUGUUGAGUCGGACAAGCCUGCUAUGGUCGAGGAGGAGAUGUCCGAGGAGAUGAUCCAGAAUCUUUUCCACAGCCCGAGAGUGUCGCGCAUGAUCUCCGGAAAGCCGACGCUGAAGAGGGACUGGAAGCUAGCCGCGAAGCCUCAGCAGCCGGUUGCGGAUGUUGCUAAGCCCGUCUCCACAGUGGCUCCGAAGGCCGAGGCUCAGGAAAUGGAAGAGCUUGCGGCUAGCGUUGCCGAAGAUGUGGUGCCUAGCCCGAGUACUAUCGGUGAGGUCAAGGAGCAAAAAGGGUACCAGAUGCUGGAGUCCCGCGUUCCGUCAUCUCGUCUAGGCAGAUUGUGGCAGUAUGGUGGUCUAGCGACCUCAAUGGCAUUUGGCGCUGUCGGGGAGAGGCUACGGCGGGCCACUGGCAGCGAAGAAAAUGGCUCGAUUCUGUUCAAUGCUGGUAACAUGGAACGAAUGGUAGCUAAGCUGUCCAAAAUGCGCGGUGCAGCUCUCAAGCUGGGACAGAUGCUGAGCAUCCAAGACUCCAACAUGCUCCCCGAACAAAUCCAGCAAGUCCUUCAACGCGUGCAAGAUCGCGCAGACUACAUGCCCGCCUGGCAGCGCGACAAAGUCCUUGCUGACAACCUCGGACCCAACUGGCGCGACCUCUACACCUCGUUCAACGAGGUUCCCAUGGCAGCAGCCUCAAUUGGCCAAGUACACUCAGCCGUCCUUAAAAGCACCGGUCAACCCGUCGCCGUAAAAAUUCAAUACCCAGGCGUCGCCGACUCCAUCGACAGCGAUCUAAACAACCUCUCCAUUCUCUUAACAGCCUCCCGCCUCCUUCCAAGAGGCCUGUACCUUGACAAGACAAUCGCAAACGCACGCACCGAACUAGCCUGGGAAUGCGACUACAUCCGCGAAGCCGCGGGCGCCACUCGCUUCCGCGAGCUCCUAGCCGACGACCCCGUUUUCAUCGUUCCCGAGAUCAUCGCCCACGCCUCGGGCAAACAAGUCCUCACGAUGGAAAUGCUCGAAGGGGUAGCUGUAACCAAAGUAACCGACUUCACGCAAACCCAACGUGACUGGAUCGGCACACAAAUCAUGCGCCUCUGCCUCCGCGAGAUCGCCGAAUUCCACUACAUGCAAACCGACCCGAACUGGACCAACUUCCUAUACAACGCCUCUACGAACAAACUCGAACUCCUCGACUUCGGCGCAUCCCGCGCCUACCCGGAAGAAUUCAUCACCACCUACGUGCGCACGCUAAUCGCCGCUUCCCGCAACGACCGUCAAAGCUGCCACGACCUCUCGGUCAAACUGGGAUACCUGACCGGGAUGGAAUCGCAGGCGAUGGUUGACGCACACGUCAGCUCGAUCACGACCAUCGCCGAGCCAUUCAUGCUUUCCUCACCCGAUCUAUAUGAUUUCAGUAACCAGACGAUCACGGACCGCGUGCGCGCGCUUAUCCCAGUCAUGAUUCGGGAACGGCUGGCGCCGCCGCCUGAGGAGACAUACUCGCUACAUCGGAAGUUAAGUGGGGCUUUCUUGCUUUGUGCCAGACUUGGUAGCUCGGUGCCUUGUAAAGCUUUGUUCACUGAGGCUGUUGAGGCGGCGCGGAGGAAUGGGUUGAAGGUCGACUAG